CUGGUUCAGACGGUUCAGUCUUUUAUCGUCGUGUUCAUCCGGUUUCAGCUGUCCGGUCUAGAACCUUUGCCUAGGAAGGAUUUAUUCACGGUAUCAUACGACAAUAUACCUUGCUUGUCGUGGUACUUCGAUUGUUUGAACUAUGGCAGAUUCAAAGCCAAAGUUGUAUGCAUCACAGUUUUGCCCAUUUGCUCAUCGUGCCUGGAUAGCAUUGUUGGCCAAGAAGGUAGAUUUUGAGUACAUUGAACAUGAUCCAUACGACAAGACRCCAGAGUGGAUGGCCAUCAGUCCCACUGGAAAAGUACCUGUGAUUGUCCAUAAUGGGAAACAAAUCUAUGAAAGUGCUGUUUGUAUUGAAUACAUCGAUGAGGCAUUCUCUACUGAAGUCCUGCUGCUCCCAAAAGAUCCUUAUGAAAGAGCAGUGGCACGUAUCUGGGGAGAUUUUCUUGGGAAAAAUAUAACUCCCCAUUUCUUUAGUGCUCUUAGGAAGAAGACAAAGGAAGAGCAAGUGGAACAGCUAGAGAACUUUCAGAAYGGACUGAAAAAAUUUCUUGCCGCCAUGGAUCCCAAUGCUACAUUUCUUCAGGGUGAAACCAUAGGAUACCUUGACAUAAUGCUGGYACCUUUUGCAAAUCUGCUCAAAGUCUUAAAGCAUUAUAGGGAUUUUGAGGUGCCACAGUCAACAGAGUUCAGCAGGUUCCACAAAUGGUGGGAUGCAGUCAAGAGUCACCCAGCAUUGACACCAGUUAUGCAGAUCCCAAUUGAAAAAUUCAUUGCAACAUAUAAGACAGUUUUUAACCCCUAAAUUAUGAACUGUGAAAGUAAGGCAUAUCCUGAAGAAGAGGAGUCUCUCCCACUAUAACCUUAACCAAUUAUCCCUUCAUCGCAUCUGCCUCCCUCAAAUCAAAGGACUUCCUGGAUAUGAUAUAAGAAUAUAAUAACAAUGAUAAUAAUAAUAAUAAUAAUAAUAAUAAUAAUAAUAAUGUACUCAGAAUUUAGGAUAAUAGUUUUUAAGCUUCAUACGUUUUCUUUAUUUUUUUUGGAAUAUUAGUAACUAUAAAUUUAGACAGAACAUAUUAUAUUGUCAUUCAUUAACAAUUAGAAUUAGAAUUUAAUUAGGGUUAAUUUGGCCUUUAGGUUACGCUUAGCGCCCUAUUGUGUCACUUGUAUGGAGCAUACAAAAGUUUUACACUGCUGUCAUAAUAAUAAUAAUGAUAAUAAUGAUAAUAAUAAUGAUAAUAAUAAUAAUAGUUCCAAUAGUCAUUGGAUCGCUCGGAACAAUAUCAAAACAAUUUAAGGGUCAUGUUCAGAGACUACAGUGUAGAUAGUAUGAGCUUGUUAGACCUAGAGAAAUCUGUAAUUUUAAGCACGGCACACAUUUUAAGAAGAGUACUUUAGCUCUCAGGAGCUGGGUAGACUCUCUCGAGCUGAAGGUUAAUGUAUACACCAGCAAAAGACUUGCAAUAUACUUAUUUUACUGUGCAAUAAAGAAAUAAUAAUAGGUAUGUAGGUAGGUACAUGUAGGUAUAGAUGAUGAACAAAACUUGAUAAGACAAUGCCAAAAAUGGGUGAUAUCGCAAAACUGCAAAAUAGUAAAGACAUUCUACACCUUUGAAUAGACAUUUGUUAGCGACACACUAAGGAUAUAGCCUAGAACUAUAAAAGUUCCACUUUAUUCUUGUAAAGUAUUAUGCAUACUGAAAGUUUAAAUAAACAAAGACAAUAAUAAUAUUAUAAUAA